AGGCAACUGAUACUCCAGAGGACCGUAACAACCCAGUUCUCCUCUACAACAAAAUGGAGCUGGGUGUUCUCAAUGCUAACUUCAGCCUGGAGGUCGACACACAAGUGUUUGACUGGAGUUACUUCACCAGGAAGAUCAUGGGGACGGUCGGCAUCACUGUGCCUGACACAGAGAAUGUUAUCAACUACGCACCUAACUACUUCAGACGGCUCAACCCUAUCCUAGCCAAGUACACUAAGAGAGUCCUGCAGAACUACAUGGUGUGGCGUUUCGUCAUGAACAUGGUGGUGGGUUUGAGCAGGCAGUACAGGGACACCAGGAAAGCCUUCCGCAAGGCGCUGUACGGUGCCACGUCGGAGGCGGCGGUGUGGCGGCAGUGUGUCAUCUACGUCAACAACAAUAUGGACAACGCUGUCGGAAGACUGUACGUAGAGGAGUCCUUCUCUGGGGAGAGCAAAGAACUGAUGGAAGAGAUGAUCUCUGUGAUACGGGAGGUAUUCAUCAGUAACUUAGACCACCUAAGAUGGAUGGAUGUAGAGACCAAGAAGGCUGCUGAGGAGAAGGCACAAGCUAUCCGUGAGCGGAUUGGCUACUCCGACGACAUCAAGAAUGACACAUACCUGAACAACGAGUAUAAAAAUUUGAGCUACAGUGCAGAGGAGUACUUUGAGAACAUCCUCCAGAACCUGGACUUCGUACAGAAGAAGCGUCUGAGGAAGCUACGGGUCAAAGUUAACAAGGAAGAAUGGGUGACAGGAGCCGCCGUUGUCAACGCCUUCUACUCCUCAAGCAAAAACCAAAUAGUGUUCCCAGCUGGCAUCCUCCAGCCUCCAUUCUUCGGUAAGGGCCAGACCAAGUCCCUGAACUUUGGCGGUAUCGGCAUGGUGAUCGGACAUGAGAUCACACACGGGUUCGAUGACAACGGUCGUAACUACGAUAAAGAUGGUGACCUGAAGGACUGGUGGACGCCAAGCUCCACCCAGAACUUUGUGAAUCUGUCCAAGUGCAUUGUGGACCAGUAUGGAAGCUUCUCCUGGGACCUGGCCAACGGACUGAAUCUCAAUGGGAAAAACACUCUGGGCGAGAACAUCGCAGACAACGGAGGCAUCCGUCAGUCCUACCAGGCAUACCUGAACUAUGUGGAGAAGAAUGGGAAUGAGCCUCUCCUGCCUGGAAUAAACCUCAACCAUCAACAACUCUUCUUUGUCAACUUCGCCCAGGUGUGGUGUGGAACACAUCGACCAGAACAAGCUGUCAACUCCAUCAAAGUAGAUGUACACAGUCCAGGGAAGUUCAGGGUUCUGGGGUCCCUCCAGAACUUCCCAGAGUUUGCCAAGGCCUUCAACUGUCCCAAGAACAGCUACAUGGUGCCUGGCCAGACUUGCCAAGUCUGGUGAUACUGUAGUCCUGACACUGGCCUUGCCCUGAGGCUGGUGGAGGGUGAGAGGUGGGCUUGUGUCCUCUUCCCCCUCAUCACCUCAUUUUCCCACCUGACUGUUAGAGCACUAUUCUGGGACAGGGAUAUAGUCGAUGUUCCCCAGUUCACUUCAGGGUGGGACCAGGACUGCUAAACUGAUCGUACAGAACAACCAGCUUCAAGGGACUACAGAGGGCUGUUCAUAUCCAGCUCCCAGGCUCUUCACCUGAUCACCCAGGUCACCGCUUUCCACUGAAUACAGUCACGCCAAUCACAAUAUAUAUAUAUAUAUAUUUUUUUUUUUGGGGUGGGGGGGGGUUGAAAAUGUACUUUUCAAUUAAAUUUCUCCCUUUGUAUUUCAAUCAGGAUUCUUCUUUUUAGACAGACAGACAGACAGACAGACAGACAGACAGACAGACAGACUUUUGAACCACGUCCAUUGUUCUAAACUGUCACUUUGUUCGUCCAAAAUGUAUUUGUUUUACACGAUAUAUAAACCAAAAUGUAUACAGUAUAUCAAUGUGUUCUAGAUGAGUAUACAUUGACAGUGAUCGACAGUCUCCCCUCUAUUGGGGGGAUUAUAUUUUAUGGUAUAUUUAAGAAAAUAACAUUUUAUUUGACUGACUAUACACCAAUGAGUAUAAUUAGAAUAGCAUAAAUGUUCUGUAUAUAAGGUCAAAAUAGCUUCAAAAUGGGUGCCAACUGUUUAUGUCUACAAGCAUUGAACCAAAAUGAAGUUGUUGCCUUGGGAAUCAGUUGGGUGACCUAUCUGGUCAGGAAUUGACAUAUACCAAACACAUUCAUCUUUUUAUUUUAAAGUAAGAAUGUGAGCUUAAUUUAAACUUCACCAUGUGUUCAGCAAAAGAGGCUGGUGAUGGGGAAUAUAGGAGGACGGGCUCAUUGUAAUGGCUGGACUGGAAUCAAUGGAAUGGUAUCAAACACAUGGAAACAAAGCGUUUGACUCCGUUCCAUUGACUCCGUUCCAUCGACUCCGUUCCCUCGACUCCGUUCCAUCGACUCCGUUCCAUCGACUCCGUUCCAUUGACUACGUUCCAUCGACUCCGUUCCAUUGACUCCGUUCCAUCGACUCCGUUCCAUUGACUCCGUUCCAUUGACUCCGUUCCAUUGACUCCAUUCCAUUGACUCCGUUCCAGCCAUUACAAUGAGUCUGUCCUCCGAUAGAUCCCACCUCUUCUGGUGUUCUCUGUGUGUGUGGGUGUUUGUAUUUGUUUAUGUGUGUGUUGAUGUGUGUUUUUUGUCUGGGUGUGACCGCUACAUUUUUCAACAAGCUUAGGAAGCCUUACAUAACCCAUAGAGCUACUGCUGUUUUGUGUG